GCUGCCGACGUGAACAGUGGUUAGAAUAUCGUAUGUUUUAAACAAUGGCUUCAAAAGAAUUAAAGGCUGCCCUGAAGGAGGCCCGCGAGGCAGUCAAGAACAAGAAAUUCUCCGAAGCAAUCAAAUUGUGCAAUAAAAUAUUGAAAGAGCAAAAUGAUAAUUACAUGGCAUUGCUCCUGCUCGGGGCAUCAUAUCAAGACAGUGAUAAAAAGGAAGCGGCCACGCACUUGAGGCGAGCCAUAACCUGCACCAACGAGCCACUGGUGGCCCUACAAGGACUGUCCACCUGUGCCGAAGACGCGGAGCUGCCUGAAGUAUGUGAAAAGUUGCUCGCCCUUACGCCGGACAAGUAUGCGGAGCUUCACGCUAAGCUGCUCGGCGUCGCUACGCGAGGAAUAAUCGCGCCGGUGUUACGGAUUCUGGAAAAAGAGAUCGAGUGCGACACGGAGGCACGGCAACUGUCCGCCUACGAGUGUUUGGGGAAAAUUGUCACCCAGAAUCCGGAGCUGGAGGAAACGGAGGCGGCGUUGGUUUCCAAAGUGUUGGAAAGGGAGAUUCAAAACAACGAUGACCUGUACCAGCGCGAUAAGUUCCGACGGUACCUCAGACUACUGCACCAAGGAAACCGGUUCGACCGUUUGGCAUCGGUGGCCGCGGCCAUGCACGAACGCUUCCCGAACGAUAUCUAUCCGCUCGAGUGGAUAUGCAAACUGUACGCCGAAGGAAUCGUUGCCGCGAACCUUCUGCCCUCGCUGCUGAACCAUGACCUUUCGCAUUACAUCGAGCGGGCCGUGGAAGUGGCACCAAACUCGGCCGUAGCGCUCUUGGCGAAAGGAAAGCUACACUUUAGCGCUGACCAGCUCACGGAGGCGGAACGAGCGCUGAAACGUGCCAGCGAAGUGCAGCCCCUUUGGGGUCCGUGUCUGGAGCUGCUAGCGGAGAUCUAUUUCCGCCAAAAGGCGUACGGUUUGGCGGAAAAUCUUUACCGCAACAUGAAGGUAGCUAACGUGAACUAUGCCGUCUCGUUACUGGAGGAUGAGAGCGUGGAUAAGCUUAAAGAAGCCGACCAGUGCUUUGCCACCCUGCACGAGAAGGAUCGAUCGGUUGAGCUGCUGUUCUACUGGUGCAAGACACUGUUGCUACUCGGAGAUGUGGUCCGUGCGGAGAAAAUAUUCGAAGAACUUAAAACAACCGAGGGCAUCACGAGCGACCGUUUGGACUAUCUCCAAGCGUUGCGGGAAAAGAUGGCCGGUAACAUCGGUAAGGUGAUCGAAUUGCUAUCCCCGCACGAAGGUUCCAGCUACUGCCAGCUGGAACUUUCCAAGGUUCUAAGUGGCGUGGUGGGCAAGCGAGAGGAAUGCUUCUUUGCCGCACUGAAAGCGACAAAGUUGGAUCCGAACAAUGCCGCAUGCUACCAUUGGCUAGGCAAGCUCUACCUCGAGCAGGACGAUCCGUUGCGCGCCCGCAAGUGCCUGGAGAAAAGCGUUCAUCUUAGCCCGGCCUCCCGGAAUGCGGUGGUUCUACUGAGCGGGCUCUAUCGACGCUACGGCGAGUGGGAUGCCAAUGCUACCCUUCUGUCCACCACCUUUGCCCUCUGCUCGGGUGCAGCUUGGGCCCAACUGCAGCUUGGACUGCACCAUCUUGGCCGGCAGGAGUACGACGAAGCGAUUGGUGCGUUUCGGACGGUGCUGCGGUACGAGGUGGAUAAUGAGACCGCCUGGGAAGGGCUGGCGGAUGCGUAUCUGGGCCGUGGGUCAUACUCCUCCGCGAUGAAGGUGUUCGAAAAGAUUACUGAGCGAGAUCCUGAGAAUCCUUACCCGGUGUUGCAGUUGGCAAAUAUUAAAAAUGUCGUAAAACUUUAUACGGAAGGAUUGGCACUAUUCGAGCAGCUUUUAGCUCGGCAUGAAAAUUAUUUUCCCGCAAUUAAGGGAAUCGCGGAUUCGCAAAUGGGACUGUGUUACUCUCGGCUUGGUCAACGGCGUCUCGGUAGUAGUCGCGAGCAUGCUCAGCUGUGUGUAGAGUACUUAACUAAAGCCAUCAAAAUUAAGCCCAACUUCACGUGUCUGUGGCAUCAGCUGGCGAAGAUCCUGGACACGGUCUCGAUGUUUCCAUCGAGUCACUCGUACCUGCAAGUUGAGGGUAGUUUGGCGGGACGCGAAUAUCGUCGCUUUGCACUGCUCAAGGAGCGACAAUUGUCUGAGCUUGCGGGAAGAUGCUAUGGCCGCAUCAUUAAACAGGCACCGGACAACAGCAUCCUCUGGUACGAGCUAUCGAGGAAUUAUUUUCAUCGUGCAUCGAUUUCUAAGGAAGCGGAACGAGUGAGCUUUCUUUCGAUGGCGCUCGAAAUGGCGAAGCAUUCAGUGAAGCUGGAUUCCGGUCGGUGGCAAAAUUGGAAUCUUCUCGGCGUGAUUAGUGCCACGAAGGAGGUGAACAAUUUGGCACUCGCGCAACACUGCUUCGUGGAAGCGGUGACGAUCGAUCGAAAGACGGCAGCGGCCGCCUGGUCCAACCUGGGUGUGCUGUACCUUGCCAACAAUCAGAUCGGGCUGGCAAACAAAGCCUUCAGUCGGGCGCAAGAGUGCGAUCUCACCUUUAUGAACGCCUGGAUCGGCCAGGCAAUGAUUGCAGAGAGCGUUGGGAUGGCGGACGAAGCGAUGGAUCUGUUCCGGCACUGCACGCAAAUCGGUUACCAUCGGGAAUCGUCGCUCGGCUACGCGCACUGGGUGUGCACGAUUGUCAACGAGGACAACUACCACGAGCACGAGCGCUACCGGUUUGCGGUGGAAGAAAUGGCGGCGCUUCCGGUAUCGCACGAUUCCAUCACCUGGCACUGUGCGGAUUUGGGCGAGCGUGCGUCCUUACCGGCCUUACGCUUUCUCGGCAACAUUAGCAGCCGGUUGGGGCUUUGGCGUACGGCUACCGAGGCCUACCAGCGUGCCUUGCAGGUGAACGGUGGGUUGCCCGAGUCGGUAGGGGAUGAAAUCCGGUGCGACCUUGGCCACUGCCUGAUGAAGCAACAACGCUAUGAAGAAGCGGUGCAGUGCUAUGAGGGUAUGCGCGGGGAAGCGUCCUACCGUGCUUCCAUUGGCCGAGCGCAAGCGUACUUCCGUGCGGCACAGUACGAGCAAUCGUACGCCGAGUACGAGCAGGCACUGAACUAUCUGGCCCAAACCGAUCUCGAGAAGGCGUACGUGUUGAUUGCAAUGUCGGCGAUGGUGUACGCGUUCCAAGGAGAGGGCGAUGCUAAGACAAUUCUUUUCCAAUGCAUCACACUUCCCGAGCCACCGAUUGAAGCACUGUUCUCGGCGUGUGCUUUGGGAUUGCUACACAAGGACGGCGAGCUGACGGAGGCGGUCAUAAAAGAGUUGCGCAAGCACGAGGACCAUCCCGUCCAUGGUCAUCACGUGGUUUUCCUCGUUUCCGAAUUUUACUGGCAAAAUAAACAAAAAUCCAAAUGUCGCUCGUACCUGCUCUCCCAGCUACACCGUUACCCGAACCGACCGAAGUUGUGGCAAAUGCUUGCCAUGGCGCUUGUGAAGCACUUCCGUACCCCUAAAACUAACUUACGCCUGGCGUGCAGCGUGGCUCAGGGUGCCGUGGUGCUCGAUCUGGCCGAUCGACGUCAUCGGACGCGCGCGGUAGAUGCUGCCCGCUGGAUGGCGGUAGCUAGCGAAGCAAUUCGCCCGUUGGACGAACGGAAGCGUCGUGUGUUGGCCCAGAAGGCGCUCCAUCUGGAUCCGACCAGCCGUGAGGCAUGGGGUGCGUUCCUGCGUGCCGUGAAUCCGCCGGCUCGUGCGUGAGCCUACAGUUUUGUACCAGCCUUUUUGUAAAUAUACGCAAUUGCUUGAUUUUAUGCCUUAUGGUUUGUAUCUUUACCAUUGA